UGAGCAACAAGAAUUACGGACAAACCCCGAUCUCUCGAGAAGGGAGAAGGAAGAAUUCGCAAAGAACAAGGAAAUUCUCCGACUCGCGGAGGAAAGACUUAGGGUCGAUGAUCACCUUGAUGGUUACAUGCUGCCGGAGGACUACAUCACCGAAAAGGGCAAGAUUGACAUGAAAAAGAAAGAAAAGGCGCUCUACCAACGAUAUGUCGAGAAAGGGGACGAUGGGCAGGAGCGGUUUGUCACAGAGCAGGAAGAAUGGGAGCAACACCAGGCACAAAAAGCAAGCGCACAGAUCAAGCGUGCAGAGCGGGUCGACGAAGGAGACUACGAGUAUGUCUUUGACGAUUCCCAGCAGCUCAAGUUCCUCAUGGACAGCACAGACAUUGACCAAAACUCCAUGUUCUCCGACAAGGAGAGGAUUUUCAUGGAGCAUCAGCUCAAGGCAGCAGAGAACAAGGCAAGGACAAUUGAGGAAACAAGAAAGUCCUUGCCAAUUUAUGAAUGGCGAACACAAUUUCUGGAAGCCCUGGAGCAGUUUCAAGUCCUCAUCAUUGUAGGAGAAACCGGUUCUGGAAAAACCACACAGUUACCGCAAUAUCUCCACGAAGCUGGCUACACCAAGAAGGGACUUAAAGUCGGCUGCACGCAACCCCGUCGUGUUGCUGCCAUGUCCGUCGCAGCCCGUGUAGCAGAAGAGAUGGGUGUCAAAGUCGGCAACGAAGUCGGGUACUCUAUCCGUUUUGAGGACGCCACGAGCGACAAGACAAUAAUCAAGUACAUGACCGACGGCAUGCUCCUGCGAGAGUUCCUCACAGAGCCAGACUUAGGCGGAUAUUCUGCGCUCAUGAUCGACGAAGCCCACGAGCGCACACUGUCAACAGACAUCCUCUUCGGUCUCGUCAAAGACAUUGCACGCUUCCGGCCUGACCUCAAGCUGCUAAUCUCCAGCGCAACCAUGGAUGCACAAAAAUUCUCCCAAUACUUUGAUGACGCCCCCAUCUUCAACAUCCCUGGCCGCCGAUACCCCGUAGACGUGCACUACACCCAGCAACCCGAAGCAAACUACCUAAAUGCAGCUAUAACCACAAUCUUUCAAAUUCACACCACCACACCCCCACAAGGCGAUAUACUAGUCUUCCUAACAGGGCAGGAUGAGAUCGACGCCGCCGAGCAAAACCUCCAAGAAACCUGCCGCAAACUAGGCAACAAAAUCCGAGAAAUGAUAGUAUGCCCGAUAUACGCCAACCUCCCGUCAGAAAUGCAAGCCAAAAUAUUCGAACCCACACCAGAGGGCGCCAGGAAGGUGGUCCUGGCAACAAACAUCGCUGAAACCUCCCUCACAAUUGACGGAAUAGUGUACGUCAUAGACCCAGGCUUUGUGAAAGAGAACGUUUACAAUCCCCGCACGGGGAUGGAAUCACUCGUGGUAACACCGUGUUCCCGUGCCGCGGCGAAGCAGAGAAUGGGCCGAGCCGGCCGUGUCGGGCCCGGGAAGUGCUUCCGACUGUACACGAAGUGGGCAUACCAAAACGAACUCGACGAAAACACUACUCCGGAGAUCCAGCGCACAAACCUAAACUCUGUUGUCCUGCUGCUAAAAUCACUCGGCAUAAAUGACCUGAUAGAAUUCGACUUCAUGGACCCCCCUCCGGCCGAAACGCUCAUCCGCGCGCUAGAAAACCUCUAUGCGCUGGGAGCACUCAACGAUAAGGGUGAGCUAACAAAGAUCGGCCGCCAGAUGGCCGAAUUCCCCACAGAUCCCAUGCUAGCUAAAGCGAUCCUAGCAGCGGACAAGUACGGCUGUGUGGAAGAGGUCCUCUCGAUAAUCGCCAUGCUUGGUGAGUCCUCCUCCCUCUUCUACCGCCCCAAGGACAAGAAGUUCCAUGCGGACCAGGCGCGCCAACGCUUCACGAAAAAAGACGGCGGUGACCACCUCUCGCUACUAAACAUCUGGAACCAGUGGGUCGACACAAACUUCAGCUACAAUAGUACGCAGUUGAUACAGAAGGCCAUCACCAGCGGGUUCUUUCCCAAUGCUGCGCGGCUGCAGAGGAGUGGGGAUAGUUAUCGCACCGUGAAGAACUCGCAAACGGUGCAUAUUCAUCCGAGCAGUUGUUUGUUUGAGGUCAAUCCUAAGUGGGUCAUUUAUUAUGAGCUAGUUUUGACAAGCAAGGAAUUCAUGAGAAAUGUCAUGCCGUUGCAGCCAGAGUGGUUGGUGGAGGUUGCGCCGCAUUAUCAUAAUAAGAAGGAUUUGGACACGUUAGGGACAAACAAGAAGAUGCCCAAAGUGCAGGGAGCCGCGGCGGAGAAGGCACCCCCGGGGUAGAUUGGGUUUUGGGGUGAUCGCAUGUAUGGUGUGAUUGAUUUGUGGAUAAUGUCAUUUGAAUUGAUGAACUAGUUUAAGUGAAAGUUUGAACACAAUAAAAUUUGUAUUUGAAUCGUC